AUGGCUUCCUCGAUUAUCGGUGAUGACGAGGAUAUCUUCAAUCGACUACAGCAACCCGCCGAUCCGAAAGUAUUGGAGGAGCAGCAGCAAGCUGUCAAUGAGCGCAUCAAUGCCAUCUACCAGAAAGCGCAAGCUCGGCUUGCAGAGAUGAUUGAUGAGAACUCGACGCUACCAUGCACGAUAUCCCGCAUACAGAUACUCAACGCGAAUCAUACACGGAAAGGUUUCUUGGAACGCAUCUUCAAUCCGAUACUCAGUGCCAAUCAGACAAAGCCGUACACACUAGCAGAAGCUCUGCAACGUGUCUCGCAAGAAGCAAACAAACUCAGCGGUUUCGACAUCUUUCACGAACCAAUUUCAGUUUUCCUGGACAAACCAACAGAUCCCAAUGCGUUACCUACAGAUUUAGAUGUGUACCUAUCUGUCCGAGAGAAAUCGCGGAUCCUCCUGAAAACCGGAACUGACCUAGGCAACGCCGAAGGCUCUGCGUACGGAAACCUGCUGUGGCGCAAUAUCUUCGGCGGCGCUGAGUCUUUGAACUUGAAUGCAUCUUUGGGCACACGAACGAGAUCUGCAUACCAAGCUGCAUUCGAGACCCCGAUAUUAAGCGACCCCAAUUUUCGCCUAGAAGUCGGCGCCGUAGCUAGUGCAACGCAGAAACCCUGGGCCAGUCAUGAAGAAGUCUUGAAGGGUGGAUGGGCUAGACUACGAUGGCAAAACCAAUCAGGUCAACGACACGAACUUACAUAUAACGGAUUCUGGCGUCAAGUUACUGCACUAUCACCAGAUGCUUCGUUAGUUGUUAGAGGCGAUGCGGGCGACAGUGUCAAAAGCAGCAUUUCAUAUACUUGGGUCCGUGAUGGCAGAGAUCAUCCUCUUCUUCCGUCUAGUGGCACAUAUGCGAAAACUCUUAACGAGGUAGCUGGUAUUGGACCACUUAAAGGAGACGUCGCAUUCUGGAAGUCAGAAGUCGAAACUCAGGGUGCCAUUCCCAUCCCUCUUCCUUUCAUCAAAGGUCCAAGCGGCGUCAGUUUCACGACAGGCCUUCGUGCCGGACUUCUCUAUCCUCUUAAUCUCAACUCAAGUGCGACACCACAACCAUCGCGCAUCAACGAUCGCUUCUUGCUCGGCGGUCCCACAGAUGUUCGUGGCUUCCGUCAAGCAGGGCUUGGACCGCGCGACGGCAGCGACGCAGUAGGAGGCGAUAUUUACGCUGCAGGAAGUGCGAAUCUCUUUGUUCCUCUCCCUCGCGUCGGUAAAGAUACGCCAUUACGCCUGCAAGCAUUUGUUAACGCCGGCCGUCUUCUCUCCCUUCGCACCUCCGAAAACGAACGGCCAAAGACCAACGAUCAAGUGCAGAAUGCGGUUUCGUCAGCCAUAAGCGAACUCACCAACGGUCUCCCCAGUACUGCUGCUGGUAUUGGAUUGGUUUAUGCGCAUCCCGUUGCUCGAUUUGAGCUGAAUUUCUCUCUUCCCAUCUACCAGCGCAAGGGAGAGGAGGGAAGAAAAGGACUUCAAUUGGGCAUAGGCAUCAAUUUCAUGUAAACUUGUAUUGUAGCAUUAGAUACAUUGACCAGAUUAUUUAGAGCGUUCAAAAUU